UGUUCCGCUGGAAGCAAGGUGUGAAAAGGGGGUAAUUGUACGUGUGAUACAGAGGGGGUACGGUACACGAUCAAAGUACAGCACGAUGUGCAAAGGCGUAAACAGUAGCGAACAUAUCUCACGUACAUACAUCCCUGUGGCUUAGAAAAGUGAAGAAAGUGAUUGUGAAACAUCUAAUACCAUACAUACGCUGACCAGAAGGACAUUGCUUUAAGCUGUGCAAGCAGCAAUAAUAUCUGUCAUUGAUUCUGUACAAAGAAAAUAGAAAAGAAAAACGUCGUGCAGCCCAACGUAAGGAUACGGGACGCUUUUAAUUUGCACACGGAAUUGUGUUAAAGCCACCUGCAUAUCAGCAUGACGUCGCAUUGGGAGGAUUUUUAUGCUAAGCAUCUACCACCGAACUGUUUCGAGGACAACCGAUCGCUGCUGAAGGAAUUUUGCGACCGCCACUACAAACUCAAGAGUCACAUCGUGCUCGUUACGUCAGGUGGUACGACGGUUCCACUGGAGCACAACACGGUGCGCUUCGUGGAUAACUUCAGCGCUGGCAAUCGUGGUUCUGCCUCGGCCGAGUACUUUCUUGAGCAUGGCUAUGCCGUUAUAUUUAUGCAUCGGACCAAAUCACUGGAGCCGUUUUCGCGCCACUUCACCGGCCAGCAGCUGCUCGAUAUGCUGGAGCUACACGAGGAAGGCAUGAGCACCACAAUUACCGUAAAACCGGACUCCGUGGAUGUGCUGGCUCCGGUGCUGGACAAGUACAAAAAUGCCCAGGAAACUCACCGGAUGCUAUACAUCACCUUUACCAGCGUGGUCGACUACAUGUGGCUGUUGCGGGCGGCCUGCGAAUCGUUGGCACCGUUCGAGCGGAAUGCGGUGCUGUUUUUGGCUGCGGCAGUUUCCGACUUUUACGUGCCGCAGGAUGAGAUGCCAACGCACAAGAUCCAGUCCGGGCAUGGGGCGCCCACGAUAUCGCUACAGCUCGUGCCAAAAAUGUUGGCCCCACUCGCGAGCCUCUGGGUGCCACACGCGUACGUCGUGUCGUUUAAGCUGGAAACGGACGAAGCGCUGCUGAUUGCCAAGUCGCGCGAAAGUUUGAACAAGUACAAGCACAAGCUAGUGAUCGCCAAUAUACUGCAGACGCGCAAGAACCGCGUUGUGUUCGUGACGCCCAGUAGCAACUAUGAGAUCGUGCUGACCAAGGAUCAGGCGCUAUCCGGGCUCGAAAUAGAAGAACCGAUCGUGGCCGAUGUGGUUCGGCGGCAUCAGGACUACAUUCGGGAGUCGGAGCAACAAACGCACCAAUGACCCGCGCGUUCGACCCGACCGUCGCCCAACAGUGGGCCCGGGACGCAGGUCGAUUGUCACGUCACGUUACCGCAUUUCUGCAAAGUGUUGAAUCCGGGCCGGAAGUACUAGCUGCUGGACGGGAAGCUCAAUCUCCAGCCGCUGGCUUACGGAUUCGUAAUUGGUGAAACCUCUCUUUUCUUCUUCUUCUUCUUCUUCUUCUUCUCUCUGUCUCUCUCUCUCUUUUUCUCUUUUUCUUUCUCUCUCUCUCCGUGCAAUGGGGAUUUCGAAAAUAGAUUGGAAAAGUGUAGAACUACCUUA